AUGGCAGGCGGAGUGGGGCGGUGAGCAGUUGGGGGUGUCGCCAUCUUUCUGUGAGGAGUGCGGAGCUGGAGGAUUUUUCUGUAUAGUCAGUAGUGAGCUGGAAUUAAAACGAUACGGGACGUCUUAAUAGUCUGCAUACACGCUAAGCGCCGAGAAGAGUGCUUAAUGGCACAUGUAGCUAACUGUAAUGGGGCAAAAAAGGUCUUACCUGCCUUGUUGCAAAGAAUAUUUCUGCUCUCCAGAUUGCAUCUUUUACUAAUAUUCUUUUCCCAGUGCUCUUAGCUGACUUCGGAUAAUCCUCUUUUCCAAUCCUGAGUGCCCUGAGGAAGCUCUGAAGCUCUUUUUCAAGCGCAGCACAAGCUUCUAGCCCAAGAGGAAGGAAGGCACUGCCAGGAGUGUGGAAUGCUUGGCCUUUUGAAGAGAGGGAAUGGCUGCAGAUGAAGACAAGUGAGCAGUGUCAGUUUUCUUCCUGCCUUUCCUAUGUGAGCACAGGGCAGCCGAGGGGAGCUGGCAGCCCAGGGGAGCUGGCAGGCCCACCAGGGCUCAGCUGCGGGGCGGAGGUGGAAGCACCGCUUCAUUCUGCUUUCAGCAGAGCAGCAAAAAUUGAUCAAGAUUUUCUUUGCCACUUUAUUGGUCCACCUGGACUUGCAAAGGGUUGCCAACUAACAGAGCUGAUGAAAGGUGCCCGAAUCAUCCUCUCAGAUGAUCCCUGCAGCAGCCCAAAAAGGCAACGCGAUUUAAUCUGCAGGCAGUCUCUCUAUUGGAUCCCCACCGACGUCUGUGCCGCUGCUCGGCGUGUCCUGUGGGGAAAGCGUAGCAUCCAGCCGCUGGCAUCUCCUCCUGGCGGAAGCACCCUUGGAAGUGGAGAAGAACUCCCGCUCGUGAGGCUCGCACGUGCUGCUCGCUGCCUCGGCCGAGUGCUGUGCUGAAGGAGCGGGACAUCUGCGCGCAUGGGAGAAGCAGCUGCUCCAGCCCGGGGCUGAGGCUGAACUUCCUGCAGCGCUUCGGGCUUGGAGUGAGCGCAGAGGGAGGCGAGCAGCAGGACGGGAAAGCGCAGCCCGGAGCGUAUAAGGACAGACUCGGUUAGAAUAUUUAAAGCUUAAUGGCCUCCGGCAUAAACAAGAGCCGGCAAUCCGGGACUUGCAAUGGAUCUGAAGCCCCUCGCGGCAUUUCGGCAGAAGGAUACAAUAAGGAAAUUCACAUGCAAAUGUGCAAGAAGAUCGCCCAGCUCACCAAGGUGAUAUAUGCACUGAACACUAAGAAUGAUGAACAUGAAGAUAGUAUACAGGCUCUGAGAGAAGCUCAUGAAGAAGAAGUUCAGCACAUUCUCGCUGAGAUGAAGGAAGCUAUUCUCCAGUACAAAAGUAAAGUUGAAGAAGAACAGUUGCUGAGAAAACAUAUUCAAGCCCUUGAAACUGCAGUAGAACAACACAGGAAACUAAAGGAAGAAGCCUUGGCAGAGUUAACGUUGUGCAAGAAGCAGGUGGAAGAGAGGGAACCAAGAGCAGAAGUAAAAGUCACACAUGUGGCCCUUUCCACAGACACAGUAGAUACUAAUGCAGACUUUGAAAACAAACUGACCAAUGGACAACAAAAUGAAUGCAAACUAUCUAGGAGGGAUAAUUUAGAUGAAGAUAUUUUUGCUGAAAAAUUGAGCAUGGAGCGACAAGUUCUAAUAAAUGAAAUGGAAAACCUGAGGAGUGAGAACCAAGGAGCAAUUAAAGAAUAUACUCAGAAAACAAACCAACUGCGAGCCUCCUGUGAGAGGGGAAGAGAGUCUUUGAAAAAGUCUACACAGCAAUCUAUGACAGAAACAAAGAAUCUUCAUCAGCAAAGAGAAAUGGAGCAAAGAAAUUGGUCAGAGGCUGAGAAAGGUUUUUGGAUGCAGCAGGUAAAGAAACUGGAGGCAGACCUAGAGGAGAAAAGUCAGAAGAUAAAUGAGAGGAAGAAACAUUCCCAGAAGCUCAAAGAAAGAAUACAGGAACUCCAGAUGCAGCUAGAGGAAUUUAAAAGAAAAUCUGAGUGUGAAAUAAAGCAACUAGAGAAAGAAAAAGAAGCCCUAACUGGGAAACUUCAAAACUCUUCACUUGAGAUUUACACCUAUUUGGUGCCUUGGAAGGAAAGAUAUAAAGUCCCGUGUGGACUGAAUGCUAAUUUAUUGGAGUCCUGCAAUCCCUUACUUUUGCACUACAAGAUCUGUUCAACAACUGUAAAGAGACUAUUCUGGAAUUACAAGGUGGCUCAGCUGAGGCAAAUAUUAGACCAACAAGCAGAUAAUUUCAAGGAGUCACUGAAGAAACACAAUCUGCAGUCCAGCAAAGAAAAGGAGAAGCUUUUGCAGGAUCUUCAAAACACCAUUAAAGAAAACCAGAACGUUAAACUGCAGCUGGAAGCAUCACAUCAAAAAGUUUUAAAAAUGUUGGAGAAAAACAAAAAACAGGAACUCAAGGAGGCAGAAGAGCGUUUGAAAAAGGAGUUUAAUGAGACUUUCAAAAUCCAACAUCAGUCUCAUAGGCUGGAAAUGCAAACCUUGGAAGAGAGAGCAAAGAAAGAAUUACAGGAUGAACUCGAGCAGAUACAGAAGCAGCAAACUCUGUUGCUAGGAUCUCUAAGGGUAGAAAUUUCUGAGCAACAGACAUCAUGCACAAAUCUCAAAAAACAAAUAGAAGAGCUCCAAAUGGAGUUGAGGAGCGUGAGGACCUUGAAGAAGCAACAGGAAGGAAGCAGCCAGAACCAGAUCAGAUCUCUUCAUGAUGAACUGGAAAAAUGUCAGAGUGAAAUUUCUGAGCUCAAAAAAGAGAACUCACUUUUGAAGGACACAAUGGAAUUACUCAGUGCUGAGUUGGAGACACAGAAGCAAGAACCUGCACAGCUUCAGGAUAAGGAGAGACAACACAAAAGACUUAAAAAAUUAGAAGAAAACACAAGAAAACCAGAAUCCAGACCAGAAGAUAUACACCUUAUAAGCUGCCUGCAAGAUAAACUAAGUGAGAGAGAAGAAAUUAUUAAGCAGCUGGUGGAAGGAAGAAAAUUUCAGCAUUCACUUUUAGCCAGUACUGAAUCUUACAGAAAUCGAUCUUUUUCUUUCACCCCUAAUCCUGGCUGUUUGACUCCUAUGAAGCAGCAGAAGAGACCAGUUGAGGUGCCCAGUCGUGUUGUCAGUGUACCAAAUUUAGCUUCCUACGCAAAGAGCUUUUUGAGUGGUGACUUGAGAUCAAAAAGAAAUGCUCCUCAAAUAACAAAAUCAACGAGCUUAGACCAGAGUCCUGGAUGCCUCAGAGUGGGUUCUCCAACAGCACAGACUUCAGACAGCAGCACUUCCAUAAGGUAUUUGUUUAUUUUGAUGUGGUUUCAAGGAAUUUCAGUGAAUUUGUAUUCUGAAUCUUGUAGACAUCCAAGCACAUUACAGGUCUGGAAAUAAACAGCGAUGCAAGAUUCCUGUCUCUCAGUGAAUUCCAUGUGAUCAAUUUUCUCUAGAUAGACCCAGAAUUUAACUGCAAGUGUAGACUAGUAACUGCCCAGCAGAGCUUGUCAUUACAAGCGUGCCAGAUACAAAGGGAGAAGCAUUGGAAACAUUGGAGUGGUUAAUAAUGAAUGUGGCUGUUUAAAGCUUUGAGUCCCUAUGAGUAAUUCUGUUGAAGAUGUGUUUCUUAUUUUUAUCUCCUUGUUUUGCACCCAGUUGAUGUAACUUUAAUAUUAGGAGACAUUUGAAUGACCCUAGGCUAAUCAUUUGGCAAAGGGUUUGGAGACUUAAAAACUGAUUAGCAGAUACUUAGUGGUCUCUCAGUGUCACAUCAAGAUCUUUUGCUGUUCUUGAUUUCAAACAACUUAGUUUAGUGGGUUUGUGCUGAAAAGCUUGUUUUUUCUUCAAAUUUAUGAGAUAUUAUUUAAAGGUUUAAGAUUUUCCAAAUGUAAAUUAACUCUAGGAAAGAGUUAAAAAUAUAUGUAGUUAAUACUAUAUAUAGGUACAAUUAUACUUACAUGUAAAAAAUUACCUGUAUACUUCAGGACAAAAGCCAGCCUUCCCAACUACAUCCUAGUGGACAGUAAUUACCCUGUACAUUGAAUACUGUGGAGUUAUUUCCUGGAAGGCAGAUGGUGCUGACUCCUGCCAAAGACAGUAACACAGAGUGCUGGCUUGAAUCCAGCUUGGCAAUUCCUACAUCUUAGAGUUGAAAGCAUUGUGUCAUGCCAGAUGACUGCCAUGGCAAAUCAGAUUUGUAUUUUAAAGAGUAAUACAUAGGGACAUUAAGAGUAGCUUGACUGCUGCUUAUUCUUUUAAAUCCAUCAGUCAUAAAAUGGCUUGGCAGGAUGACAUGGGAUAAAACAUUAGAGGGAAGAGGGACCCUAGAAAGCUGGUCAGUAUUUUCAAUGUUAUUUCAUUCAGUUAUUUCAUUUCAUCAUGUCCUAUAAGCCCAGAAGCAGUACAUCUCAAGAAAGAGGAAGGUAGGCAGGAAUACCAGGAGGCCUCCAUGGAUCAACAAGGGACUCCUGGACUUUGUCAUAAAAAGGAAGUGUAUAGUGAAAGCAGGAACAGGUUAUCUAGGAUGACUACCAAGAGGUCUGAGCAGCCAGGGAUCAGGUUAGGAAAGCUAAAACCCAGGUAGAAUUAGAUCUAGCCAGAGACAUAAAGGGAAAAAGAAGAAAUUCUACAGGUUUACCAGUGAUAAAAGAAAGGCCAGGGAAGAUGUGGACCCUUUCUGGAAGGAAACUGGAGACGUGAUCACGAGAGAUAUGGAGAAAGCUGAUGUACUCAAUGACUUCUUUGCCUCGGUCUUCACCAGCAAAGGCUCUAUCCACACUGCCCAGGUUGCAGAAAGCAAAGGUAAAAACUGGGAAGGAUCUGCCCACUGUAAAUGAAGAUUGACCAUCUAAAGUGCACAAGUCCAUGGGACCUGAUGAGAUUCAUCCACAGGUUCUAAGGGAAACUGGCAGAUGAAGCUGCCUAACUGCUGUCCAUCUUAUUUGAAAGGUCAUGGCACUCUGGUGAAGUUCCCACUAGCUGGAGAAAAGGAAAAAUAACCCCGAUUUUCAAGA